GGAAGAGGAUCUCUCCUCUUCCACCUCCAGUUCUGGAAGGAGACAAAGCCACUCCCUUCCACAGCCAAAGAAAGAAAAAAAGGUUCUGCUUGCAGUGUCUGAGCAUUCCCAGCUGGAAGUCGCCCUCCUUCAGCGGCGGGGACAGCGCGGCCGAGCGCGCGCUGAAUGUCCCUGUCCUGGGCAAGCGGGACCCUCGGGUUGGGCUGAGCCAGCCGCGGCAUCCCGCACCCCCCUGCCGCCUCCCCGCACACCGUGUCCCUGCAUGGGCCUUUCGCUGGCCACACGAUGGCACAAGAUGCCAGAAAUUCGUGUUUCAAAAACCCACGAGUCCUAUCCCGGGCGGGCUCGGGGUUGCUGCGGUGCCGGUGCAGUUCGUGCCGCUGCUCUCUCUCCAUCCUUCUGGAGAAGCCCAGGAAUUGCUGUUCAGCGCCUCUGCGGCUGUGAACCUUUUUUAGGAGCUGUGGGAUGUGGUGCCCGUCGUACCAAAGGGUGGAGCAGAGGGCGGGAAUGAUGUGAGAGAAUUGGAGACCUCGGUCUGGGGGACCUGCGGGUGCCUGCAGGACCCUGGGGCUGGUCUGAAGGCAGGUGAGGCCAGCGCAGCUGAUGGAGCCCAGAGAGAGGCUGGAGGGUGUUGCUGUAUCCCGGACUCCUCUUCAUCUGCACGUUCCAGGGCCCCGGGUGGGUCUCGAUUGCCGCUGUCCCUCAGCCCGUGUCCCUCUCACACACCCAGCUGGUUUCAGCUGGCUCCACUCUCCUCAUCCCUGUGCUGGCUUGUCCCACAGGGACCCCAAUUCCUCCCUUGGAACCCCUUCCUUUCCUCUUGGCUCUGCAGUUCAGCUCAUCCUUCAGCUCUUGGGGCUCCCCAGAGUCCUCAGCCCUGCAGUGAAACCAAACCCUUCCUAUUCACCCGCCGGCCACAUUUUCCCUCCAGUACCUCCGAGAGCUUCCCAUUUUCCCCCAGUGCACUGCAGAGCUCACUCCCAGCUCUCAGGAUUGUGCAGGUGCAGCUUUCAGUGCAUCCCCCUUGGUUGCCUCUGGUGCUACCAAGAGCCUCCGGACCCUCACAAGAUUCGAACAAAACCGGGGGAAGCUGCUUCCAGCCCAGCUGAAAAGUGUUUCCAUUUUUAGCUUCCCUCCUCAUUUGGGGCUUGGAGCAAUCUGGUCCAGAAGAAGGGAUCUCUUCCUAUGGCUGGAGGGUAGAACGGGGUGGGUUUUAAGGUCCCUCCCAACCCAAACUGGUCUGGAAUUCCAUUAUUUUGAGAUAGAUGUAACAAAAUGAGGUCCCGGGGUCCUGAUCCCAGGAGUAUCCCUCCUGUAAACUGAAAUUCCCUUUGCAGAAAGCCUGUGGGAUGUAGAUGAUCCCAGCACACCUCAAGGUAUGGAGGAAAAAGCUGCUCACAGGUGUUUCAGAGCCAGACAGAACCCCUGCUCCCCUCAGAACCGGGCUGGGGGCGAGUUCCGACUCUGCUGCAGGCUCUGGGGGAGGAUUGAGCUGUGGGAAAGGGAUAGGGAUGGAUCUUCUGGCCUCGGGGCAUGAAAAUGACCUGGUAUGCCCCCUGUAAUUUCCAUUCCUGUGUGACCCCCUGCCCUGUGUCAGCAGAGCCCCCGGCAGCCGCCGAUGGAUCCCAGCGCGGAGCCAUGGGCAGCUCCUUUUCCCCCGGGAGAGCGGGGACAGGAGCGGGAGCUGCCUCUGCUGCCACUCCCGGGGAGAGUCUGGGAGGGGAAUCGGCAGGAAAACAGGCUGGGAACACCAGCGGCACCGGGAAUCCAUCCCAGGGCUGCAAAACCACGAUGCUGCUGUGCCGUCCCACGGAGCUGUUGGGGACCACCUGGGUGCUCCUCGCAGGGCUGCUGGUGUCAUUCCCUCCAGCUCUGGGAGCAACGGGAGCUGUCCACAGAGCCACUGCUGUGGGAUCCUCGGUGCUGCUCCCUGGGCCAGAUAACGUCACCCACAGCAAUUCCGUGUGCUGGGAAUUCCUCAAUGGCACUGGCCCCCAGCCCAUCCUGCAGCACAGGGUGGGGGCCCACGCCCCAGCCAUCCACGCUCCCUACACAGGACGAGCUGUUUUCCAUCCAUCCAAUGGAUCUCUGCUGCUGGAGGAUGUCCAGGAAAGUGACAGUGGCACCUACAGAGUGACUGUCAACAGAGGAGACAGGAAGAGCUUGGAAAUCCAGCUGGACGUGCUCCAGCCUGUGUCCCGCCCUCAGCUCCGGACCAGCAGUCUCCUGGCUCAGGCCACUGGCCAGGUUAUCUGUGAGGUGGCAGAGGGCAGAGCAGACACCAUCACCUGGAAGAAGGAUGGGCAGCCCCUUCUCCCAGACAGAGUUUCCCAGCUGUCCAGCAGCCACAGUGUUCUGUACCUGAGGCCAGCCAAUAAGUCAGACUGCGGCUCCUAUUCCUGCAAUGCCAGCAACGGGAUCAGCUGGCAAGAAACCUCCCUGGAGGUCACCAUUGAAGGUCUCUCCCGUCGCCUGAAGCACACCCUGAGGAUUGCGGUGGUCGCUGCGGUCUUCGCUGUUGUCUCAGCGUGGGGAUUAAUUAUUCCCGUCUGCCAGUCUGAAAAGCUCAGGAUAAGGGGAGAGCUCUGGAGGUGGCUCAGCUCCUACACCUGUGGCCUGGUGUGCAUUGCCUGCAUCCUGGAUGGCACCGCUGGCAUCCUCUGGAUGUGGGAGGAAGGCCCUUCUGCGGCUGUCAUACUGCCCGAGAUCACCCUCAGCUACCUCACCGUGGUGACCUUCCUGGUUGCCACCACCGUGAUUUUCCAGCCUACAGAUUUCAGCCAUCUGAAGAGCAAAAAGGCACAGCGCACCAUGGGCUACGCCGCUCCGGGGGCCGUGGUGGCCGUGGUGCUGAGCAGCACCUUCCUCAUCAAGAGCAUCUACCACCGCCAUGAAGCAGGAUGCGCCAAGUUCAUGGAUGUGACCAUCCUGGUGUGCAGCGCAGCGGCUGUGUCAGCCCUCCCACUCCUCGUCAUUGGCCUCUGCUAUUUGUCUUUUGGAUAUCGCAUGGCUCAGGGCUGGAGCAAGGACCGUGAUGUCUGUUGGGUGGACAAAGCCAGGUCCUUCGAAAUGUCUCAGCCAGGCACCAAGGACACCACUCCCUGCUGAGAUCCAUGUGGGUAUCUCUCACUUGGCUAAGCCAGCUCAAGCCUUCCCCCAGGUUUAGUGGGUUCAGGAGUCUCAGGUUUGGUUCCUCUGUGAUCUUCAUAAUAAAUGUCCACAAAAUUGA